AUGGUCCUGGCAGCGCCCCGGUACCCGGAGCUCGAAGGCGACAACACCCCGCCCCGCAGCAUGGAAGCCAUGUCCGAGUACUUCACGCUCCUCGCAUCCAAGGUCCAGGCAAGCCGCUACACCACGCGUGCGCCCUCGUGCGACCUCUCGCAAGCCAGGAUGCCCAUCGCCCCCGAGCCUCUCCCUCCUGUUUCCGAGGGCCUGACCCUCAAGCACGUCGCCGUGGGCCGCGGCACCCAGAACUACACCUGCGACGUCGGCAACGCAACGGCCGUGCCCCAGGCCGCCGGCGCCGUCGCCUCGCUCUUCAACGUCAGCUGCAUCGCCGUCGCCUACCCAGACCUCCUCGCCCUGAUCCCCAAGGUCUCGAUGCAGUUCAACCUCUCGACCGAGCCGCUCCUCCCCGGCGCCAACAAUCAUCGUCUUGGACCCAGCAACGCCGUCUUCGCCGGCGACCACUUCUUCUACGACGCCAAGACGCCGUACUUCCACAUCCGCGAAGGCGACCGCGAGAUUGGCGACACGUACUGCGGGCUCAACUCGUCGACGCCAGCGCCUGCUACUUCGGCUGUGGGCCAGAGGGGCGAGAAGGCCGUGGCGUGGCUGAAGCUCCUCACCAAGGACGGCAGGACAGCGGGGGACAUCCAGGAGAUCUACCGCCUCACGACAGCCGGCGGAAGCCCGCCGAGCUCGUGCGCCGGGCAGCCUGAGAGUUUCCAGGUGCAGUAUGCUGCUGCGUACUGGUUCUAUGCGGGACCCGCGCCGGACACGGAGGACGAGGACGAGGACGAGGCGUAG